UUAGCUCUUAGCUUACAUAACAGCCACAAAAUAAGCAAUUUUCGCUGUUUUUACGCGGUUCAUGCUGACAUUUAUCUGAAAGUUAGCAAUUUACAGUAUGUUGGCUUUUUCACACACGCAUAUUCUUUACUUAACUAACUUCCAAGGAGGCAAUGUUCGCUUUUUGGCGGUAUUCCGUUUCUAAUUAGUGGCUAACCUAUCUGGACUGCUAACCAAAACGUUUCUGUAUAAGAUCACAUUUUUCGAAAAUCUUAAUCAUUCUCAACCCUAUCAUGGAAGAAAUAGCAGGAGGAAGCAGUGCCAUCUUAAAUUCAACAGAGGACGAGGAAGACUCAUCCGAGAUUUUAUUGAGUGUUUUGGCUCAACAGGGCCAAGUGGGCCUCUGUUUCUAUGACACCAAAGACUCGUCGAUCCACUACAUGGUGGAUACACCAGAUAACCAUGAGCUACACUUGUUGGCCAGAGUCAUCCAGGAGAUUUGUCCUCAAGUGAUUAUCACCAGCGCAAAGCAGGAGCGCUGCAUGACCCGCUUCCUGAUCCAACUUGGUUCAAACCCAGAUUACAAACCAGAGGUCGUUAUUUAUCCGUAUCUUGAUUUUGGUCUGGAACUCGGUAAAACAAGGCUGCUUUCAGCCCAUCUGCCUUUCCUCUCUGCCUCCAUCUCAGAGAGAGAUAAGAUGGCCUAUCUCUCCUCCUGUAUCUCCUUUGAUUCACCCCUCAUGCUGAGAGCACUUGGGGCUCUUCUAAAAUGUCUGGACAGGAGGAGAGUGGGAGUUGAGCUGGAAGACAGCAGUGUUGCCGUUCCUAUCCUGCACUUCAAUGCCUACACACUUAAGGGUGUGGUAUACAUUGACAGGGAUGCAUACAGUGUUCUACAGAUCUUCAAAUCAGAGCUUCACCCAUCAGUGUAUAAGCUUCAUUCGGGUGAAAAAGAAGGAUUCAGUCUUUAUGGAAUACUGAACUGCUGCAGUUGCAGAUUUGGAUCCAAACUGCUACGUCGGUGGUUCCUGCGGCCAACAGUGGACCUCGCUGUGUUGCGCAGGCGACAAGAAGUCAUCCGCUUCUUCACAUCACCUCGGAAUUCAGACUUCUUGAACACUUUGCGGGCGUCACUACGUAACAUCAGAAACAUUCCAACCCUUCUGCGCAGGAUGUCUCUCUCACACACUAAAGUGACAGACUGGCAGAGUCUCUACAAGACGGUGUGCAAUGCAAUUUGUAUCAGAGACACAGUAUGUCAUCUUCCUCAGUCUAUUCAGCUCUUCCGGGACAUCAGCGAAGGCCUCGGUGAUGACCUCCAACACAUCGCCUCCCUCAUCAGCCGCGUGGUGGACUUUGAAACCAGCGUAGUUGAGAAUCGCUUCACCAUCAAACCAAACAUUGACCCGGCAAUUGAUGAAAAAAAAAGGCAGAUGGCGGGCUUGUCUGACUUUUUGACAGACGUUGCGAGAAGAGAGCUGGCACACCUGGAUGCCAGCAUCCCCUCAUGCUGCGUCAUCUACAUCCCUCUGAUUGGGUUCCUCCUCUCUGUCCCGCGGCUGCCUACCAUGGUGGAGAAAGAAGACUUUGAGUUAGAGGGGCUUGAGUUCAUGUUUCUAUCAGAGGAUCGCCUGAACUACCGAAGCCAGAGGACCAAGGAGCUCGACGACCUCCUGGGAGAUUUGCACUGUGACAUUCGAGACAUGGAGACAACAGUUAUGACUCAGCUGCAGAACGCCAUCCUAGAGAGGAGCACUGCCCUAUAUAAGGUUCUGGACCUGGCAGCUGAGCUUGACUGUCUAAUGGCAUUGAGUAAAGCUUCCCAGGAGUAUGGCUACACCUCACCCAAGCUAAUCACCCGCAAGGCAAUAGCGAUCGAUCAGGGCAGACACCCGCUGUUGGAGGUGUGUUCUCCUGUGUUUGUGGCCAACUCGUUUGAGAGCCCCGAGUCACGGGGUAGAAUCAAGAUUAUCACUGGGCCCAACUCAUCUGGAAAGAGCAUCUACCUAAAGCAGGUUGGUCUGAUUGUGUUCAUGGCUCUCAUCGGCUCUGAUGUGCCAGCCAAGGGUGCGGAGAUAUGCCUGGUGGACGCAAUAUUUACUUGCAUGCCAGGCAGAGAGUCUGUUUCUGUGGGCCUCAGCACCUUUAUGAUUGACCUUAACCAGAUGUCGCAAACACUCAACAGCAGCACCGGCAACUCAUUAGUCCUCAUCGAUGAGUUUGGAAAAGGGACAAACACCGUGGAUGGCUUGUCAUUGUUGGCUGCAACCAUCUCCCACUGGCUGAAGAAAGCUCCGGUAGACAUUCCUCACAUCCUGCUGGCCACUAACUUUCACAGUCUGCUGCAGCUGGGCCACUUACCCACUUCCACCAUGCUAUCUCUUCUGACGCUUGAGACGGCAAUAGAUGGGGAUGAGCUGGUGUUUCUUCACCAAUUGAAGGAGGGCAUCUGCCAAUCCAGUUACGCUGCCAAUGUGGCGAGGCUGGCUGGUCUGCCUGCCAACAUUGUACAGAGAGGGAUGGAAGUGUCUGAGCUCUACAGGACAGGAAGAGCCAUCAAACGUGUUGACAGUGUGUCAUCAGACGAGCAGGCCAAUAGAUACAGGACUGUGGUAGAGAGAUUUAUGAGCCUGGACCUGGAGGAUGACAAUCUGGAUGUGCAGCGCUUCAUGAAAGAGGGGGUUCUGCCCUCUGCUGGACAGCGGCAGAAUACCUGACCUGUCCUGCAUCCCCGAAUGAGGUUCCAAAUACUAGACAAGAAUUCUGAUAUAUUUUCGUAGUUACCGUUCAUUUUGUUUUAUAAAAUAUUUGAAGUUGUUGUACUUAA